AUGGAGCCAAAGAGGCCCCGUGUCACCCUAUUAGCCAAGUCGGAGGCUGCUGCUGGGGAUGGCCGCCUUCGCCCAGCCCCGGCCCGAACCUGGGAGGAGCGCCCUGAGGUGCUCAAGUCCUCGCCAGAGGCCACCCGCAAAGCCCCAGUUCCCGUCCGGCGAGUUCCGGUGAAGCGGACUGCGGCAGCUGCAGGCCUUGACGCCACUGCCACCAAUGCCACCAAUGCGACCAAUGCCACCAAUGGGGUGAAGCGCAAAGGGGCCAGCAAUGCUUUGAAAGUGGGCAUCAGCCAACGCAUACCAAAGCCACCUUCUGUGCCGCCGGCCCUGAAGUCCAACCGGGUGGAUGUGGAGGCUGUGGUGACCCCUACAACCGGGACCAAGCCUGCACCUGCGCCCGUCAAGGUGGCAGCAAAGGUGCCAGUCGCACCCGCAGAGGCUGCAGCGCAGCCUGCUGCAGGCGUGCAGCCUGCUGCAGUGCAGUCUGCUGCAGUUCGCUUUAGCGUCGGUGGGCAAACCUUCCAAAUUGCAGCGAAGCUGGUAAGGGCCAAGCCAGACACCGUUCUUGCCAAGGUUUUGGCAAGGAGUGAUGCUGGCAUAUCACUGAAUGUCCCCGUGGACGUUUGCCCGGACAGAUUUCGACUGAUUUUGGACUGGUACCGCUAUGGCGAAAUCUGGGUACCAGCAACACUAGCAACAGAGGCCGUGCUCAAAGAUGCGGCUCGGCUCGAGUUGCCAGAGGAGAUUGUCGUGAAUGGCACUUUGCGCAGCACGCGUGCCGUCAGCGCCAAGCAAGUCGGGCGGACCUUGAUUGCAGGCGUUGUCAACAGGUGGCCUGGCUUCCGUGCAUUCUUCACCCAGACGCUGAAUCAGAUAGAUCAGCACUUCCUAUCAGCCGCGUCUUCAUCCAGUACGAGCGUUGCGGCCAACGAUGAUGAAGCAGCAGCUGCCGAAGAAGCUUUCGACUUCCCGCGCUUUGUGCUGCCGCUCUUUCGGGAGGGAUGGGUGACACCAACUCAAGUUUGCAGUGCGGCAAGGGCCAGAGUCCUGGCGUUGAAGCUGGAGGAACUUGGCUAUCUUUGCGAGUUUUCGGAUUCCGAACUUCUGGUGAGUCUGCCUCUGAAGCUUCGCUGCGAGUUGAUGCCUUCAAGUGGGCCAGAUGCUGCAGAAGCAGAGGCAUCUCAGCCAGAGGAAGCAAAUCACGGCAGCUGA